CGACGGUUUCGCGAGAGCAGUUGCAACAUGGCGGCCGCGGAACUGGACCGCCACGUCCGUGUGCAGCGAGCGCUGGACCAAGUAAAUGGCAUCUCCAUAUCGCGGAUCUACAACGACGCGUUGGCCCAGAACAAGGCCAAAAAGUCUGCCAGCGAGCCGUCUUUUGAGGAGCGCAUUGAAGCCAUCAUGAUGAAGACGCAAGAGAUCGCGCAACGUCUGCAGCUGUCCCAGCGACAAUGCCUCGAUAGCUUUGACUCGUUGGGGGUGGAGGACGACUGCAUUGACGACGACGACGACGAGUCCGUCGAUGGGUUCACGAUCAUGGACGACAAUGCCCAUGCGUCCCAUUCAUUCAAGCGGCAACUGAGUCGCUUCCUCCUCUUACCGCGGUCGCUCAGCCAGCGCGAGAUGGAAGAGAUCACAGACAUGGUGCUCCUCGAAGUGAACAACACUCCCGACCACAGCAUCCUCAUGCAUGAAAUCGGGUCACUCAUCGACGAACACGUGCUCACUCCCCGAGAUGACGUGUCCUCCCCUUCCUGCGACGACGACGGCCAACGUCACCACCGCGACUCGCUGUCAAAGCGCCGUCAGGUGAGCAUCACCACCACCAAAUGUCCAUCACCACCAUCAACUGUCCAUUCCAUGUGCAUUAGAAAGACCUGCCCAAGCUCGACAUUCAGCCGCUGUGUGCCGUCGAUAUGGCGCAACGGCAUAUGUUCAAAUCCGCCAACAAGCUCCACUCCUUGUCGUUUCGCGGCGGGUUUGACGAAUCCCAUGCCAAAGGCCUGACGUCGUCCCUCACGUCGAAACCAACGAUGCGGUCGCUCUUUGGACGCAGUGACAGCGUGGCGAGUAGUCUCCAGCGCAGUCCAACCUACCGCGGCGGCAGUCCCAGUGCCCGCGGCGGGGUUUCCAAGGCUGAGCUCGACGCUGCCGACGUCGCGGCCAAGGAGGCGGCGUGGAAGAUGCAAGUCAAGGAAGACUACAUCAUGUGGCUGCGCGCCAAGGCGGAAGCGGCGGCGGCUAAAGCCAAGUCCCGCAAGGACGAGCGAGUAACCCGCAAGAAGAAGAAGCCGCGGUGGCUUCUACUGUACGAGCAAGGGCGGCUGCAGCAGCAGCACUAGGACGACCACCACCAGGUCGAGUAGACGAUCAAAAAUGAUGAAAAAUUAGCCAAUUUACUGAAAAAUUAACCAAAAAGCUGCCUGGAAUACUAUAAAAAAACACUACGC